AUUUAUGGUUCUUUAUAAACAUAUAAAUGUGUGAACUAUGCGGUUUAUGUGAAUGAUACUUUUUGUCGAUUAGUUUGUCCUGUAGUUUUAUUAGCAGGAAGUGACGACAGCACGUCGAGCUCCGGUCGCCAUUUUAAUGCGCCGCGCGCAAACCGUCGCCGGCAAGAUGGCGCCGUGUGUGUGUAUGAAAUUGUAUAACAGGCUUGUUUGUGUCUCGCAGUUCGAUUGAAAACGGACGAUGGUUGCAGUUGUUUUUAAGUUUUAUUAAAGCACAAUCGACGGUGUAAGCGAACCUCAGACGGAGCGCAGGAUGUCCGCCGAGGUGCUGAGGCCUGAACCCAGGGCCAGGGGCAGCAGGAGCGGUGGGAGUAAACUGGGACUCCUGAUUAAUAAGCUGCACACGUUUCUGGCGGUUUCUGCGGAGCAGGGCAGUGAACACAGCUUGCCUGGGCACUGGAGCGGCGCGAUGGCCAAAGAGUUUAUCGAGCAGCAGCAAGCUGUAGCACGAGCCACCGAAGAGAGCAUGCAGCCCAACGUCUCCUCAGAAACAAAGACCUCUGCAGCUCGUUCCAGAAGGAAGCCGUUGGUGGUGACGAAGCACAGCGGCCUGAACGAGUCGGACGCGUCCUCUGGGAGCGGAACCGAAGACGUGUUGUCGAUCAACUCCAGUGAACCGGACACUACCUGCCUGCCGAAAGGUACGGUGUUUGUGUUGCCAGAGCCGGUGUCAAACGAAGUCCGUGAUGAGUUCAGAGGCCCAGAAUUUCGCAGCAAACGAGUGAAACAGAACAAAGACUUCUCAGACAAACGGAGAGGAGGCUCUGACAUCGAACGAGUGAACUGUACGGCUUGUGGUCAGCAGGUGAACCACUUCCAGAGAGACUCGGUCUACCAGCACCCUGCACUCAAAGUGCUCAUUUGCAAGUCAUGUUUUAAGUACUACAUGAGUGAUGACAUCAGCAAAGAUGCAGAGGGGAUGGACGAGCAGUGCAGAUGGUGUGCGGAAGGAGGCAGUCUGAUUGGCUGUGACUACUGCAGCAACGCUUUCUGCAAGAAGUGUGUGCUGCGGAACCUCGGGCGGCGGGAGCUGUCGGCCAUCUUGGAGGAAGAGCGCAAGUGGUACUGUUAUGUGUGCAGCCCGGAGCCGCUCAUGGACCUGGUGCUGGCCUGCGACUCGGUGCUCCAGAACCUGGAGAAGAUCUGGGCUCGCAAACGGGCAGGCGUUGGGGGCGGGGCCCGUGGGAAGCAAAGGGGUGGGCGGGGCGGGGCCGGGAUCGGUUUUCCGCUUAGUUCGGCGCCCUCAAGGGGUCUGUGCGAGCGAAUGCAGCGCGUGGUGGAAAUGACAACGUCGCUGAACCGCUCAUUCGUGGAGUUCAUGCAGAGCGAGAGGGACGAGGAGGCGAGCGAAGAGGAGGACGCAGACCGAGCGAGGAGACUAAUGAUGUUCCGCACCAUCCUGCAGGACCUGCACCAGGCACACGCUGCCCUGCAGGAAGCGCUGGAUCGGGAGUUGUACGGGGGCAAACGGGAGCCUCCGAGACAGCGUGCGAAACCUCGGCAGCGGAAACCUCGGGCUCCCAGAGGCUCGGGUGUCACGAAGGAACUGGUGGUGAAGCUGACGCCCGUCCCGUUAGAGACAUCUCUAAAUCCUGACACUAACGCUGACGCGAGCUCUGCCGGUGACACCGCCAUAGACACAGCAGAAGUAAAUACACAAAUGAAGGAGGAGGAGAAACAGGAAAAGGUGGAGAAAAUGGAAGGCAGGGUUGAUGGAAAGGAGGAAAGUGAAGAGGUAAAAGUAGAAGAGGAGUGUGAAGGGAAAGGAGAUGCGGCGAUGGAGGAGGAAAACACAGACGAAGAAGAUGAAGGUAAUGAGCUGGAGAUGGCGGAGGAAAACAAGCGCUCUCCUCGCGUCAAGACGACCCCACGGCGACGGCGCUCGGACGCCACGCACGCCGGCCUGGAGGAAGAUUCAGAUUCUGAUGAAGUGCCUGCUGUGCUGCUGCAGACUGCCGCCACUGCCAUGGCAACCAGCGAGGAGGAGGGUGGGGUCGAUAGUGAUGGGGGCAGGUCUGAUGCAAACCAAGAAGUCAGAAAGCAGUGCCUCUUUGGCCUGGUCAAAACCACGCCCCCUUGCCAAGACAGAACUUCACGCAAGCGGAAACUUAAGGAGAGGUCCUCGUCUUCAUCCUCCUCUUCUUCGGUCGCAGAAGUCGUGGAUCCUGGGUCGCAGGUCAGGAGGACUGUAGGUCUUGGCCACAAGGUUGCCAAGACAACGGUGGAUAGUGAGAGUUUGUCAAGUGAUCAGGAAAUGGACAGCAGUGACUCGGACGAGUUGGACCAGAAAAUUAAACCGCUGAGUGACGUUACACUGAUGGGAUGCGGAACGUUCCAGCAGUCCUCUGGUGAUGAGGUGGACAUGUGCCCCGCCCCGGUUGUGCUGGAUGAAGAUGAUGUGGAGAAUAGAAUUGCUAAACAGAUCCUGUUGGCUGAGAUCAGGGCCAACUACUCGUCCAGCUCUGGGCAGGACGACACGUCCGACGACAUGAGAUCCACAGCCGAGGAUGAGGAGGGCAUGAUGGAGAGCAAGAGGAAGAAAGGAGAUGAAGAGAAGGACGACGCUAAAGACAGUGAGGUGACUGAUAACAGCUCCGACUUGGACGAUCCUGCUAAAGCCCCGCAGUCCCGUCACCACCUGCUGCGCCUUCGCCUGACCCCGUGGGAGUCUGCGUCUGGAGAUGACGCCGGCAAACCUGCAAAUCAAAAAAUGAAAAUGCAAAAAGCAGAAAUAACCAACCCAAUAGUCGUGAGUAGUGACGAGCGAGAGUCGGCCAGUGAGGAGUCGGCGUUGAGUGAGACGCUCAGCCAAUCAGAAGACGAGGAUGGCAGCAUCGUGAAGCAGAAGGAUUCAGUUGUUGACGGCGAACCUCACACACCUCCUGGAAAGGAUGGUCAUUCCGAUGCCGAUCAGAACGCAGACGAGUGCACGAGCACACCGAAGGGCCGCAGGAAGAUCCGGAGGAUUCUGGAGGUGCAGCAGCUGGCGAAGGAGACGCAGGAGGCGCUGAGGGAGGAGCAGGAGAGAAGGAACAGGCUGGCCGAGAGAGACCGGCAGCGAAGACAGGAGGAGAGCAGAGAACAAGGACGAGACGACUCGGAGGUGAUGAUAGUAGCUGAGACUCCUGCCCCCAGACCUGUCCCUCUGGUGCUAGAACUUGAUGAUGCAACACGGGAAAGUCUGGUUCAGGUGGAUACACACCUGCUGAGUAAACUCAAACCUCACCAACGAGAGGGUGUGCAGUUCAUUUGGGACAGCUGUUGUGAGUCCAUAGCGAAGGUGAAAUCGUCUCCUGGUUCCGGUUGCAUUCUCGCCCACUGCAUGGGCCUCGGAAAGACGCUGCAGGUGAUCACGUUUCUGCACACGGUGUUGACGUGUGAGCUGGUGAUGCUGAAGACGGCGCUGGUGGUUUGUCCUCUAAACACAGUGCUCAACUGGAGAGCCGAGUUCGACAAAUGGCAGCGUGGCAUCAUCAAAAAGAAAAUGGAGGUGAUGGAGUUUGUGACGGUGAAGUCCGUGUGUUCUCGUGUGAAUGCUCUGAGCAGUUGGCACAACAGAGGUGGUGUGAUGAUCAUGAGUUAUGAAAUGUACCGCAUUCUCACACACGGAGAUCAAACCAAAUACGGCAAACAGCAGGAGAACCUGCGUGCAGCACUGCAGAACCCGGGACCCGACAUAGUGGUGUGUGACGAAGGCCAUGUCCUGAAAAAUGAAGCGUCUGCCAUCUGUAAAGCAAUGCGCUCCAUCCGCACGCGCCGGCGAAUCGUCUUGACCGGAACACCGCUUCAGAACAAUCUCAACGAGUAUCACUGCAUGGUGAGUUUUGUGAAGCAGAACCUCUUGGGUUCUCUGCGCGAGUUUCGGAACCGUUUCAUCAACCCCAUCCAGAACGGCCAGUGUGCCGACUCCACGCUCUCCGAUGUGAGACUGAUGAAGAAACGUGUGCACGUCCUCCACGAGCUCCUCGCUGGAUGUGUUCAGAGACGGGAUUAUUCCGCUCUGACACCUUUCCUGCCACCCAAGCGAGAGUACGUGCUGUCAGUCAGGAUGACAACACUACAGUGCAAACUGUACCGACACUACUUACAGAACUACACUGCUGAAGGAGUGGGCGUAAACACUUUAUUUCAGGAUUUUCAGAUCCUGAGCCUGAUUUGGACGCAUCCAUGGUGCCUGCAGCUCUCUGAUCAGAAUAGAGGCAACAGGGGCAAAGGGGAGGAGCUUACAACUGAAACUGUGGUGACUAGUGAACAUUCUGAAGUGGCAAAACAGCAGAGCCCCGAUGAACGUGCGGUGGAGAAGAGCAAAGAUCCUAACUCAGCCAAAACGACAGCAGAAGAGGAGCACAGUGUGUUGAGCAGACCCGCAGCAGGUUGGUACAGAGAGUUUGUGUGUGACGCCGACGCUGAGCUCCUGGAGCAUUCUGGGAAAUUAAUGCUGCUGAUGGAGAUCCUGCACUGCGCUGAACAGCUGCAGGAUAAAGUGUUGGUGUUUAGUCAGUCUCUUGUUUCACUGGACCUGAUUGAAACCUUCUUGGAGUUGGCUGAUAAAGCAAAGGAAGAGGGAAAGGCCUGUGUGUAUAAAGGGAAGCGGUCGUGGGUGCGUGAUAAGGACUAUUAUCGUCUGGAUGGUUCAACCACCGCAACAGCACGCAAGAAAUGGGCUCAGGAGUUCAACAACGUCAGAAACACAACCUGCAGGUUGUUCCUGAUCUCGACUCGAGCCGGCUCUUUAGGGAUUAAUCUUGUCGCGGCGAAUCGAGUCGUGGUGUUUGACGCAUCAUGGAAUCCGAUGUAUGACGUUCAGAGCAUGUUUAGAGUUUAUCGCUUUGGCCAGAAGAAACCCGUGUACAUCUACCGCUUCCUAGCACAGGGAACAAUGGAGCAGAAGAUCUACGAGCGUCAGGUGGCGAAGCAGUCUCUGUCAUCCCGUGUGGUGGACCAGCAGCAGAUCCAGCGCCACUUCACACUCAGCCAACUGAGCGACCUGUACCGCUUCCAACCUGACAGCCGCGGCAAGAGCCACACUGUGGAGCCUGCGGACAAGGUGCUGGCGAUGCUCCUGAAGCACUGUGGGCGAACCAUAGUGUCGUUCCAUGAACACAAUUCGCUGUUGGAUCACAGGGUGGAGGAGGAGCUUAGCAUGGAGGAAAGGAAGGAGGCGUGGGAGGAGUACAAGCUCGAGGAGACGAAGCAAACACACACACGUGUAUAUAUACAUACAUACACACACUGCCAUCCUCUGUGUCCAUUUUCUGUUCAUUUUUUUCCUCUCACUGUUCGUUCACAGAUCUCCAGCCAGGAUUCAGGUGAGCUGUCGAGGAAAAGCAACCAGGAGCUGGAGGUGAUGUUAAGGAAAGGACGUCUGGACCUGCAGAAAGCUUCACAGAACAUCAACCGCCUAAGUCUGGAGUUCUUCCAGCAGGAAGUGAAGAAAUAUCACCCUCUGCUGGAUGAAGAGGGAAUAAAGCAGAAGGCCACUCAGGCUUACCAGGGCUUUGAAAGAGACAGACAGCGCAGGAUCGAGAUUUACCAACGCAAGCUCAAGAGUCAGCAAAAGCUCAUUCGGUACACGCAGCAGAUUCUGGCUAAAAGGGCGGAGCAUAGCCACAGAACUCCUCCCACGCCAGUCGAGUCAAGAUUUCAAGCGGGUGAAUCUUCCUCAGCCACGCCUACUCCACAGGUCCAGCACAGCCAAUCGUACGGCUCUUUCUCUCAGCCGUCAUCAUCUCGAGUCGUACGUCAGACAGGACUUCCUGUCGGAGCUGGUCUAGAUCUUCUCACAACAACUGCGGAGCACCAGGGUGACAGGUGGUUAAAGGGGCGGUCUGAUAACGGUACACACGCUCACGCCAGCGGUUCAGUCGGUUUUUCCUGAAGUGCGUUCUGACACUUGUUUGCCAAAAGAAUUGGCUUGAUUUUGUUCUCGAACAGCGAUCCACAAACCUGCUGCUGAAAAUCCGGAUCGCUGUCGAGCCAAAAGUUCGUUUAUUUUUCUCCGUGAUCGAAUGUAAUUGCGUCCCUAAGUUACGAUGCCAACUUUUGAACCACGACGACGACUUUCCCUCGAACGGCGUCAGUUAGCGAAAUCGCUAAUGUGUUCAGUAUCUGAAGUUUUGUGCUGCAAUGUAGCGAACCACUAAUGCAAGCUAAGUUAAGCUAAGCUAAUCUCAUAGACUACAUUUGCUCGAAGUUAAUUUUGGCCAAAUAUAUAUUAAAAAAAAAGGAAUUAUUCUCUUACAACACUGCUGUAGUUGUGUAUAUCACAAAUUGAAGAAAAAAGAAAGUGUGUGUAGCAUGUGCUGUGUUUACAUGUUUAAACCUGUCGUUACUUGUUAAGUAAAAAGGCAGAUUUUGUCAGAAGACACUCAGAGUCAAUGUUUUACUGUCUGCUGAACUGAUAUUUGACUCAUUAACUCAAUAAAGGAACAUCAAACCCCAAAGUCUGGAGUUCUUCCAGCAGGACGUUUGUUAAUUUCAUGCUGCAGAGUUGUGCAGUUGAUGAUUAAAGGGUUAAAAAAAUA